UAAUUAAAAAUGUUUCGGAAACAUCAAAUGAAACAUAUUUUAUUGAUAUAUUACUGCCAUCUAUUAUUGUACGUUCUAACCACCUAGAAUAUAACUUAUAUUUUAUCUUUCAUAUAAACUGAUAAGAGAGCCUGCAUAACUUUUGAGCUAACAAGGCUAACAUAAUAUUGACAAUCACCUCUUAUAUUUCAAAACAAAUGGAUGCCGAUUUUUAUUGAGAACGUUCUCCAUUUGAUUUGUGAAAGAAUACUGUUCUAUGAGCAAUGGCAUUUAGGGUCUUGCUUUAAAGUAAAGCUUGGAUAUUUAAAUUUGCGUUUGGUAUAAUAAUUUAUAAAUCACCCGAUACAAUUUAGUUCAUAUAUAGAGGCAGAUGAAAACCCAGAAGUCGCUUACAUAUGCUUACAUGUGGCUUACCCACAUGAUAAAAUUCAGUACCAGACAAAGGCUUUAUAAAAAAGUGAAACCAUAACCGACUGUCGGUACUAUGAUGAACAUGAAUUUAUAUUGUCGCAAUGUCAUUCUUUAAUGCUGAAAAUGAAUAUUUAUUUGUUUGUCUUUAGACCUCUACCAAAAAAGACAAAACCAUUCUUACAAAUCAGACGAGUUAAGACGGUUGAACUGUGGAAAUACUCCAAAGAACCGUUGAAACAACCUUUGUUGAAGAAAUUACAUGGACAUGAAGAAUUCAGUCAAGAGGCAUGCAUGUGCUUUCUCGCUAUUCUAAAGUAUAUGGGCGAUCAUCCAUCAAAACGAUAUCAAGUUGCCAAUAAGCUCACAGAUCAAAUCUUUGAAGCGGCAAUCAAAACUGAAAUGUUGAGAGAUGAAAUCUACUGUCAGGUUAUUAAACAAUUAACAGACAACAUGAAUAGUGUUAGUACAGAAAAAGGCUGGGAGUUGAUGUGGUUGGUUACUGGAUGUUUUGCUCCAUCAACAAAACUGCUUAAAGAAGUGACUUCAUUUUUGAGGUCAGGUAGAAGCCAAAUUGCACAGGACUGUAUACAAAGACUACAGAAAACACUAAGAAAUGGACCAAGAAAAUAUCCUCCUCACCAGGUAGAGGUUGAGGCAAUACAAAACAAGACAACACAGAUCUUACAUGAAGUCUGUUUCCCAGAUGACUCAAAUGAAACGUUUGAGAUAGAAAGCAACACUAGAGCUAAAGACCUCUGUAUCAACAUUACCAACAAGUUAAACCUUAAAUCGUCUGAGGGAUUCAGUUUAUAUGUCAAGAUGGCAGAUAAAGUGAUGAGUAUUCCAGAGGAUGAUUUCGUUUUCGAUUUUCUACGACAUUUGAUAGACUGGAUGCCUAAAGGUAGACCUAUCAGGGAUGGUGCACCUCCUCAGUUUACAUACCAACUUUUCAUUAUGAAGAAACUAUGGACGAAUGUUGUACCAGGACAUGAUUUGAAUGCCGAUCUGAUCUUCCAUUAUCACCAGGAAAAGUCCAAUCUGUUACGUGGCUACCACAAGUGCAGCCGGGAAGAAGCUGCCAGGCUUGCUGGACUUAUUUAUCGUGCUGAAUUUAGUGAACGAAAAGAAGAUGAUCUUCAGAACGUUUCUAGUUUAUCUGGAGAACUUAUCCCGGCUGACCUGAUAAAAUCCGAGUCGCAAGAUGACUGGAAGAGUGCAAUCAUCAGUGUGUACAAUACUUAUUCUGGUAUGUCACAAGAAGAUGCAAAAGUUGAAUUCCUCAAGGUCGUCUAUCAGUGGCCGACUUUCGGUUCUGCAUUCUUCGAGGUCAAGCAAACAACAAACCCCAACUACCCAGGACAAAUAACAAUGGCUAUCAACAAGAAUGGUAUCAAUCUCAUUCAUCCACAAACAAAGGAUAUCUUAGCUACACAUCCAUUCACCGAAAUAUCAAAUUGCAGUAGCGGAAACACGUACUUCAGUAUCAUGAUAGGGACGUUACUCAAGGGCAGCAAAUUCCAUUGUGAAACUUCAAUGGGCUGCAAGAUGGAUGAUCUAGUGACUUCGUACAUCAGUCUGCUUUUGACAGACAUGAACAAGCAGCACUCUCCAAAUACAUAACUUAGUUAUGACUGAAAAUACUACACAUGAAUUAUACAAUAUUGACAGAACAGAUUUGUUAUUCUACCCCUCCUGAUAAUUUGACAAUGUUUGUAUCAACUGAAAAGAAUCACCCAAAAGGGCAUAUGCAACAUGAAGUUAGCAUUAUCUAAGAAAAAAUAUUUAUAUAAAGAAUGAAGAGAGGUUUUACAUUUCGGCAUAUUUGCUGUCCAAAUUUUAACAUAGACUGUACGAAAUUGUAUAAACACCUUCAUCAAACAAAUAAAUAUGCAUUUGCUGCGAGUCAGAAUAAUACCCUUAAAGAAAAAUAGCUAAUCUGCUGUUCGUUAUUUUUAACACACAAUAAUCACUUGUCUUAAAACCUUAAAUUGGUGCAAGCAUUAACAAUAUCAAAGCAGACAGAGAACGCCAAGAAAUGUUUCUGCUUUUUGAGCAUAUGUUAUAUUUAAGAAAACGAUAUAUUCUAAACAAUAAAUUGUCGUUGAAAAAAAUAGUUGUUUGGAAUUUAGAUGCAAAGGAAUGAUUCCAAGAGGUUGAAGCCCGAGCGAUAUUCUUUUGCAUCUAGACGACAAACAAUGAUUUAUUGUAUAACAACUGUCUGCAAUUUCGUGGGGAUAUGAAUUCGUGGAAUUCAACUUUUGAACAUAAAAUUAAUAGAAAUUUACAUCUUUGUUGGGAUCAAAUUUCGUGGAUUGACUCAAUCACAAAAUCCACGAAAUUUAGCCCCCACGAAAAUUAAUGAUUUCUCAGUAUCUAAUAACUAUUAAAUACAGCAAUGCCAAUAACAUUUGUACUAUACAUAUAUGCCAUCACAUGCCAUCACCUAAUUUUAUAAGAAUUUCAUCACAUGACUUAUUUGUAGAUCUACAUCUACAUUGUAUAUGUACUGCCCAACAAUCAAUACUGAUUAUAACUGAGAGGCGCUUUGUUUGGGACAGACUGUUAAAAGAUGAGCAAGCUCAUUAGGUAUAAAGUUAAAUUGAAUAACAAAUACUAAGAUAAAAACAUAUUGUUCUUGAAAAAAAAGAGAUUGAAUGGUAUUGCGUGUGAGACUGUGGGAUCAAGUAGUUCUGGUUCCUUGUAGGUGUGAGGUGGUUAUGGUCAACUGCAAUAAGGCUGUACCUUAUUUUAAACAA